AGUUAAUCAUGCCAGACUCUGUUUGUCGUAUUUCAGUUUAGAGGCUUCUUUUCUGUAACUAAAAAAGUGUGCAUGAUUUCAUUUUACCAAUAAAAAAAACAACCAACUAGUUAAAAAUGUUAUUGAAUGAAAAAUCAUACACAUAAAUCUUAAUUAAAGAGAAUUUGUCAAAACCCAGAUGCAGAUUCUUCUUCUCAUCAUUUCUAUCUUCUUUCCCUGAAUCUCUAUCUUGUUUUUUACCCAAAUUCUAUCAGAUAACAUCAUAAUAUAUCCUCAUUCUUGCCUUACCCACAAUUCUUGCAAGAUCCUACCUUUGACCUUCAAUAUUGUCAACCUUGAUUCUCAAUCUGCAAGAACCCAUUUUGUUUCCUUUUCUGGAGAAGCAACUGAGAAGGAGCCCUUUUGAUUCAGAUACAAACCCAUCUUCAAUACAAAAACAAGGGUGGAUGGCACCCUAAUGUCAUUUAUCCUAUAUUUCCAUCUAGAAGUUGCUGAGAAAAUGGCUAUUCUCAUAAGGUAGCACCUGUUUCAUGAUUUGGUCUGAAUCAUUGGUGGAUGAAGAUGGCUGCCCAUCAAGAAAAUUCUGGCAAUGUUUCCGGACAAGGUUCUUGCCUAUAUGAUCUCUUAUGUUCAGAUGCACCCAAUUGGAGAACCCAAAGUGAUCGACGGCAAUUAUCUGGUCCACAAGAAAGGCUGGAGUUUUUGCUGCAUCAAUCUGCCAACAAGUCCUGUGCUGAUUGUGGAUCUCCAGAUCCAAAAUGGGUAUCUUUAAACUUUGGAGUAUUUAUUUGCAUCAAGUGUUCUGGUGUACAUAGAAGCCUUGGAGUGCAUAUUUCAAAGGUUGUUUCAGUGAAGCUAGAUGAAUGGACAGAUGAACAAGUUGAUGGCCUGGCAAGUAUGGGUGGAAAUAUUACUGUGAACAAGAAGUAUGAAGCUUGCAUGCCACAAAAUGUUCGAAAACCAAAACCAGAUUCUUCUAUAGAGGAGCGUUUUUAUUUUAUUAGGAGAAAAUAUGAGCUGCAAGACUUUUUAAACACAGCUGAUCAGAUUCAGAUGUCCUGUCCUUUCCCGCCUUCUCAUAAGAGACAUUCUUCUACCAAUUCUUCAAGCAUUACUUAUAGCCAAGACAAGAAACAAUGUGAGAAGCAAAAUACCAAAAAUCGUAUCGGGCAGGCAUUUCGUAACAGCUGGGGAAGAAAAGACUCUGAACACAAGUCCGCAAAGAAGGGCAGCUCAAUGUCCAUGGCAGGUAUGGUUGAAUUUGUUGGAUUAAUUAAAGUGAACGUGGUCAGAGGAACAAACCUAGUUGUCCGGGAUGUGGUGACAAGUGAUCCUUAUGUUAUCCUUGCAUUGGGUCACCAAUCAGUGAAGACACGUGUAAUAAAGAACAACCUGAAUCCAGUGUGGAAUGAAAGCCUGAUGCUGUCGAUUCCUGAACAGAUUCCUCCUCUAAAAGUACUGGUGUAUGACAAGGAUACAUUCACAACUGAUGAUUAUAUGGGUGAGGCUGAGAUUGACAUUCAGCCUCUGGUCACCGCUGCUGUAGCCUUUGAGAAGUCUUCGCUCAAUGAGUCAAUGCAGCUGGGAAAGUGGGUAGCCAGCAAAGAUAACACCCUAGUAAAGGAUGGUGUCAUCAACCUAAUAGAUGGGAAAGUAAGACAGCACAUCGCUCUUAGGCUGCAGAAUGUUGAGAGAGGUGUAUUAGAGAUUGAGUUGGAAUGUGUUCCUCUUACUCAAUAGCCAGCAUAGAUAGUUAUGGUAAUGAAACACAAGUGACCAUUUUAAUGUUGAUGUUGCCACUCUCCUUGAUAGAUAUAUCUGUUGUACCAUAGGCAAUCAUCAUAUCCAUAGUUUUGUUAAAGGAGUCUUGAUUGUAUAUUUCUGUAGUCUGUUUUUCUUUCUCCUGUAAAAAAGAAUUUUAGGAUCGUCACUACAUGAUAUUCAGAUGGAUUUGUAUUCUCAUCUUCCUUAUUUCAAAGCACUGUCCAAAUUGGAUGAAUUGACGAUUCACCGCCGGACAUUUACGGACU